GAAUGUUCUGAUUUGAUUUGAUUUAAUUUGAUUUGAGAAAAGAUUACAAAAAACGAAAUUGAAAAUAAUUUAGUCUUUCACGAUAAAUUAUGUGCAUAAAUUCAACAACAACAAUCAUUACACGAUCUUGCGUUCGUCGCCUUUAUAAAGAUCUUUUGCGUUUUGGUCGUAACGAAUUGCAAUAUACUGAUAAAAAUUAUUUUUAUAAUAGAAUUCGUAAAGAAUUUGAUGCCAAUAGAAAUCUUGAUCGUAACGAAGAUAUUGAAUAUUAUUAUAAGAAAGGAUUAACUUUAUUACAAAAACGAGCAUUAGUUUGAUUUAUUCAAAUGUUUUUUCCCAAUUAUUAUCAUCAUCAAAUUUUCAACAUUUUAUCAAGAAAAUUUCAAAAUUCUAUCAUUGUUUCAAAUUAUUUUCCCCGA